AUGUUAACUGCAUCACCUCACAUAAAAUCAGAUAAACCAUAUCAAUAAAGUCCACAAUAUAAGAAACCUCAUCCAUAUAAUCCUGAGGCCAGUAUAUCUCUCAAGAACUCAAUCAACUUAAAAGGUAAAUAUUAAUAACUAUCAUUAAAGAUUUUUAAUUUAACGAAGAAUUAGAAUACUAUAAAAAUAGAUGUCUAGAUCUUGAAUAAUAUGCUAGACAUUUAAAAAAUGAAUUAGAUACAACAAUAAUUAAAUAUAGUAAAUAGGGAGCUUUGGAUGAAAAAGCUGAAUUAAUGAUUCAUUAGAAUUAAAUACUUAGCUAAGAUAUAGAUAAAUUAUAAAAGAAUUUUGCUUAAAAGAAGACUGAAUGUGAAUUAUGGAAGUCUAAAUAUGAACAACAACUCAAUAGUGCAGUUUAAUGUAUUUAAAUUUUAUAUAUAUUAUAGUAAAAGCCCAAUAUGAAUUAGAUUUACGUAAGCUAAGUAAUGAAUUAAAACUUUUAGAGGAAAGAAAUUCCAUAUUAGAAAAAGAGAGAUCUCAUGAGGUUGAGGCUACAAAAACUAAUUUUUCUAGUAAAUUUAUUUAAAAAUAUUUCAGUUUAAAAUGAACAAUAAAGACAUAGUUAUCUCCAUUAAAUAGAUUUAUUAGAAAAUUAAUUAAGAAAAUUAAGAGAAUAUGCUGAUAUAAGGGAUAAAGAAAUCUAUGAAUUAGAAACAAAAUUAACUAAAGUUUUAUAAGAUAGAGAGUAUGUAGAAACUAAAUUGCUUAAAGAUAAUGAUUUAUAUAGAACUAAACUAUAAGAACAAGAAAGAGACAAUUAAAUUGAAAUGAACAAUCUUAGAUAAAAAUUAGAUAUUUUGAAUUAAGGAUAGUUGGACAAUAUUAAAAAUUAAUAUAUGGCUUAAGCUGAAAUUUUAGAUGAUGAAAUUGAAAAAUUGAAAGGCCUUUUAGAAAUAAAAAAUGAAGAAAUUAAAACACUUAUAGAUUAAAACGAGAGAUUGAGAACUAAUUAUGAGAAAGAAAUAGAAACUAUUACUUUAUAAUUCCAUAUUUUAAAAGAAAAAAUGUUUGAAAAUGAAUAAAGAUUCUAAGAAGAGUCUUAAUAAAUGGAAAAUGAUUUAAGAAAUUAACAUUAAAUAGGAGUUGAAGCAUUAUAAUAACAUCAUUAAAAUUCAAAUUAAAUUCUUGAAAAUUAAAUUCUACAUUUAAAAGGAUAAGUUUUGGAAUAAACCAAAUAAUUAGAAGAAUUACAAAAAAUUAGAUAAUAAUUACUUUAAGCCAAUCUAUAAGAUCAAGAUAACGCUUAAAAUAUUAUCAAUAAUUUAAAGAAAGAAGUAAAUAUAAUUUAUCUAAUUUUUAGAUUUUAGAUUUAUAAAAUCGCUAUCAAGAUUAAAUUUAAAAAAAUUAUUAAGAUUAUGAUAUUUAAAAAAAAGAACUACUCAAUUACAAUUAAUAAUAAUAAGAAUAUAAUUUAUAGUUAUAAUAAUAGAUUUAAAAUUUAAAUUAGAUUAUAGAAUUAAAAGAAUCUUAAUAUGAAACUACACUUGUAUAAUUCAAGAAUAUGAAUGAUUAAUUAAUUGUAUUUUAAUUUUAUUAUCUUUAGAAUAAACUAAAUGAUUUGUACAGGGAAAAUGAACAAAUCAAAGCCAAAUUUAAUGUUACAAUUUCGGAAUUAGAAGAUUAAUUAAAUAGAUCAUUAAAAUAAAUUAAACAACAAGACAAUAAAUUAUAAUCAUUAUCAUCUACAUAUUAAAGAGAUAAAUAAAAUGCUGAUAGAUAAAUUAAUAAUUUGUAGAAUUAAAAUCGAUAAAAGGAAUUAUAAUUAGCUGAAUUAAAAGCUUAAUUGAAGGCUGCAUAAGAAAAUAUUGAAAAAAUUGAGAACGAAUUAUAAGAAACAAAAAAUACUUACUAAAGUUAAUUCGAAGAAUAAAAAUAUAAUUAUGAAUAAGAAAUAGAAUAAAUCUAAACUUAAUAAUAUGAAGAUUAAAUAAGUACCAAGAAAAAUUUCGAAGAAAAAGAAAAUUCAUUAAAUUAGGAACUUAUUCGAAUAAAAGGAGAUUUCCAUACUUAAAAAACAUUAAACUUAGAAAUGAAUUAAAAGUAAUUUAGUUUUAAUAUAGUUUUUAGAAUAGAUCAAUAUGGUUAAUAAAUCUAAAAUGCCGUUAACAGUUCUGAUGUUAUUAAACAAUACGAAAUUUUAUCCGAAAUCAAUUUAGUAAACAGAUUAAAAAAUUGA